AGGUAGAAUUAAGAUGCUCAACGCCAACCAAAACGUCUCCACGGUUGUGAUUGCUUGUUCACAAUAACUAAGAAUAAUCCCAGAUAUGAUAUGAAGCCUUUUCAACCAAGCUAUAGUUGUGUCCAAACUGGGGCCAUCCAUAGCUAGGGUUUAGCUUGUUUAUAUAUAUAUUUUGCUUAAAGCCUCAUUAAUUGGCGUUGUAGCCUUCAACAUAUUAGGUAUAUAUCAGUGAUCAUAUAUGGAAACCACAACACCAAUCACAUGCAGCGAUUCCUAUGAUCACCAAGACACACAAGAAAGCUGCAUCCGCAGCCAUAUAAUUGCUUGCGGUGGAGAUGCAGAUCACAAGGACAAAGGAGGUGAGCGUGGCCUGAGGAAAAAAGUAAAGAGGUUUUUUCAUAGCAAGGCUUCAUCAAACAGUUCGGGUGUUAAUUCAUCAGCAGUGGCCAUGGCCAGUUUUGAGACAUCUUGUCGAAGGAAGUUGAGGUCGGGGCCCUCUGUCGUGAUCCCGGCCUCCCCGGCUGCAGCAAGUGGAGGAUCGAACAAGCGUGCACUUCUUUGCGGGGUGACAUACAGUCAUCAGCAUAGAUACAUGCUCAAGGGCACUGCUAAUGAUGUGAGUAACAUGAAAAACUUGUUGACUAACACCUUUGGUUAUCCUGCCGAAUGCAUACGCAUACUUUCAGAAGAUGAUCCGGGUGCCCAAGAUUUGAUACCAACGAAGAAAAACAUAGAAAAUUCUUUGAAAUGGCUUGUGGAGGGCUGCAAAUGGGGAGAUUCCUUGGUAUUCUACUUCUCAGGGCAUGGCUUACGGCAGCCUGAUUUCCAGAACGAUGAGAUUGGUGGGUAUGAUGAGACUAUUUGCCCCGUUGAUUUCCUGAAAGAGGGCAUGAUCCUUGACAAUGAUAUCAACAAAACCAUUGUUUGGCCACUCAAGGCGGGUGUCAAACUCCAUGCUAUUGUUGAUGCUUGUCACAGUGGAACAAUUCUCGAUCUCGAAAACGUGUACAACCGAAAACAGAGGACUUGGAUUAAUAAUCUUCCUCCAUCUGGUGCUAGAAAAAGCCCUCUGUUUCUCUUCACUCUCCGGUGGCUUUGCUCCGAAUCUGUGGUCCUUCAGCUCUCAGUCUCUCCUCACUCAGCUCCGACU